AUGAGUUCAUGUUUUGUACCAAACGGGGCCAGUUUGGAGGACUGCCACUCCAACCUAUUUUGCCUGGUAAGUGAUUAAACUCUGUUAGCAUGCUAACGGUAGCUAGCUCAAACUGAGGCCAGAAAGCCAUUUUGGCUAGGCUGUCAGCAAGCUAAACCUCUUGACUACAGCUGACUAGAGGCGUCAAGGCCUGAUCUAGAUUGCUGGCUAAUGCAAUUUUGCAAGUGAGUUAACGUUAGCUAGCUUAUUUAGCUAGCUAACAUUAAUACUUGGUUGAUACGAUGUUAGUUUAUAGCAAGUGAAGUACACCAGAUUCAACCACAAACUUACUUAGCUAGCUAUCAUUUCACUUGCUUGCUAACUAAUAUGGCUAAUGUUGGCUAACUGGCUUGCUAGGUUCAGGUUGUUUUAUGAGGUUGUCUGUUAUUGUGAGAUGUUUAUGAUUCUUCUUUACCUCAGCACCAUUGGCUAUAUAUUUGAUUUCAAUUUCAUCUAUCCAACUACUUAGCAACUAGUCGUAGUGUACAUUAGCGUUUUAUUUACAACUUGAUGUUUGGUUAGCCAUAACUUUUUAGGCCAACAAUAUCAUGAGUCAGCCUAUGACUAGGUCUACAGUAGUUUUCUUCAGUGAGCAUUCCUAUUGCCAAUGGUGUCAACUACAACUCACGCAAGCUAGUGAAUUGCACACUUCCUCAUUGUAGUAUUAUGUGGUACUCCCUUAUGGAUAGAACUUUCAGCAGUGUACACAGAUAAGUGUACCCUAUCUCAACUAUAGGCUACUAUAGAUAUUGGACUGAGGGUCUACUGGCCAAUAGUUUUAGUGAUUCUGAAACUGUAUAUUUUAUUGAAACUAGGAUAUAAGAAAUGUCUUGUCAUAUUUUGAAUUGGUACUAUAUUCUUGUUCUGGAAAAUGUGUUGUAUAGCAUUUGAAAGUAUUCUAUAUUGAAUAUUCUAGGUAAUAUCCAUUGGCACUAAAUACUUUGAUAGAAAGGGGUUUCCCACCCUUCGAACCCUAAAGUCUAAUGAGUUGGAAGGUUAGGUUGCGUUGCUUAGAACAGCUGCAUCCGUUACAUUUUGUAUUUGGAGGUGCUUCACACUGAUUGGACAGAGCAGUUGUUAAAGUUGUCCCGGGAGUUAGGCUACUACUGCUUUGCAUUCAGCCGGCUUGCAUCCUGUCUCUGGGACGCACUUUUGGAGAUCUGAAAGAAUUUGGUUGGUAUAAGCAAUAUGGUGAAACUUCCACCUAGCCUAUCAGAGGGCAAGGUGGAGCUAUUACCAUAUUAGUUGCACCUGUCAAAUCCUCUCAGAUCUCUACAAGUGCAUAAGGUGUAGUGUCCAUUUGGGAUUGGGCCUUUGUCUCAGCUCUCUCUUUUCUCACCCCGUCCCCCAGGCUGACCUGACUGGGAUAAAAUGGCGACGUUUUGUGUGGCAGGGGCCCACCUCCUCACCCAUCCUGUUCCCUGUGACAGAGGAGGACCCCAUCCUGUGCAGCUUCAGCCGGUGCCUGGCGGCCGACGUGCUAAGCGUGUGGCGGAGGCACCACACCCCGGGCCGCCGCGAGCUCUGGCUCUUCUGGUGGGGGGAUGACCCCAGCUUCGCCGAACUCAUCCACCACGAGCUGUCAAGUAAGGGCUAGCCUCUGCCACGUGAAGGGAUGCUUGUGGCUCACAUGGCAUUGGAGUUAGGAUAAACUCUCAGUUGACUGUUGGGAGAGAGGCUGCCAGUGUCAUGCGAGACACUGCUCAGUUGAGGACCCACAGUAGUCCACAGCCUGACGCACUUCAAUGACUACCUGCAUCUUUCAUUACCAAAAGCUGCAAGUAGUCGGGCCUACAGUUUUGAGUUCUGCUUGUUGUUGGGAGGGGGUUUGCGCACCACGAUACCAGUCAGCUGAACGCAUAAAUCAUAAAAUCUCCCAUCUGCUUUUUCAUUGGGGUCGCAGCUCUUGUUACAGUAGUUAGCUGCCUACAGGGUAAACAUAAGGGGCUGCCUGGUGGCUAGAUCUUAUAGGCCUUGCCACUGAUAAAACAAAACAAAGCUAACAUGUUUUUGUUUAGUAUCUAUCCAACACUAGUCAGGUGAAAUUCCCUGUUGUAUCCCCACCACCCGUCAAACUGUUGCAACAACAGUUCAUCAUGAAAGCUUAAAGGGAAACUCCAUUCAAAAAUGAUAUUUUGGAUAUGAUGCAUGUGGGUGGUGACCCUUUGCUUCUUGAAUGUCCAAUAUCAUGAAAGCUAGACAGCUUGAAUGCUGUUUUUGAGUGGAGUUUCCCUUUAACAUAUUAUUUACAUGGUUGCAUAAUGUGUUGUUUCAUUGUAAACAUUGGCAGAUGGUAAAAAAUUCCUGUCCGAUCUUUUCUGAAAUGUUCAAACCCAUGACAAAAGGCAACACUACCAAUCCUUGAGUUUAUGUUUACAGUUUAAAGUUGUGAUGUAAAUGGCAUAUUAUUAUUAUUGAUGUUGGUGGAGCAUUCAGCAGGUAUCUGACUGUCUUUUCUCUCUCCCUGGCUCAGGUGAGGAGGAUGGCGAGUGGGAGAGCGGCUUGUCCUACGAGUGCCGCACACUCCUGUUCAAAGCUGUCCACAACUUGCUGGAGCGUUGCCUCAUGAACCGCAGCUUUGUCCGUAUUGGCAAGUGGUUCGUCAAGCCCUACGAGAAGGAUGAGAAGCCCAUCAAGAAGAGGUAAGAGUCCCCAUAAUAACCCUAUUCUGUAACCAGUGCAUGGAUAUCUUCAUCAGUAUUGCGGAGUGCUCUGGUGACUGUUUCUAGUAAAUUUCUACAGCAGGUCAACCAGGCAUCCUGAUCCAGUGUACUUCCUUAUUGGUUUUAGAAAUGUAUUGCACUGGAUUAAAACGUCUGCCAAGAAUAGUAAAUUGGUUGGCCACAAAUGUAGGCCUACAGUAAAUUGAGUGAAUGCCAAUGAAAGUUGUUAAUGAUGUGCAUUAGUGUCUAGUGUGAAAUUCAGCCAUUUCUGACAUGCUAACCACACCGUUCGCGUUACGUGCGCGAGCGUUGCAAAAUAAAUGUACACAUACAGUGAGGGAAAAAAGUAUUUGAUCCCCUGCUGAUUUUGUACGUUUGCCCACUGACAAAGAAAUGAUCAGUCUAUAAUUUUAAUGGUAGGUUUAUUUGAACAGUGAGAGACAGAAUAACAACAACAAAAUCCAGAAAGACUCAUGUCAAAAAUGUUCUACAUUGAUUUGCAUUUUAAUGAGGAAAAUAUGUAUUUGACCCACUCUCAAUCAGAAAGAUUUCUGGCUCCCAGGUGUCUUUUAUACAGGUAACGAGCUGAGAUUAGGAGCACACUCUUAAAGGGAGUGCUCCUAAUCUCAGCUUGUUACCUGUAUAAAAGACACCUGUCCACAGAAGCAAUCAAUCAAUCAGAUUCCAAACUCUCCACCAUGGCCAAGACCAAAGAGCUCUCCAAGGAUGUCAGGGACAAGAUUGUAGACCUACACAAGGCAGGAAUGGGCUACAAGACCAUCGCCAAGCAGCUUGGUGAGAAGGUGACAACAGUUGGUGCGAUUAUUCGCUAAUGGAAGAAACACAAAAUAACUGUCAAUCUCCCUCGGCCUGGGGCUCCAUGCAAGAUCUCACCUCGUGGAGUUGCAAUGAUCAUAAGAACGGUGAGGAAUCAGCCCAGAACUACACAGGAGGAUCUUGUCAAUGAUCUCAAGGCAGCUGGGACCAUAGUCACCAAGAAAACAAUUGUUAACACACUACGCCGUGAAGGACUGAAAUCCUGCAGCGCCCGCAAGGUCCCCCUGCUCAAGAAAGCACAUAUACAUGCCCGUCUGAAGUUUGCCAAUGAACAUCUGAAUGAUUCAGAGGAGAACUGGGUGGAAGUGUUGUGGUCAGAUGAGACCAAAAUCGAGCUCUUUGGCAUCAACUUAACUCGCCGUGUUUGGAGGAGGAGGAAUGCUGCCUAUGACCCCAAGAACACCAUCCCCACCGUCAAACAUGGAGGUGGAAACAUUAUGCUUUGGGGGUGUUUUUCUGCUAAGGGGACAGGACAACUUCACUGCGUCAAAGGGACGAUGGACGGGGCCAUGUACCGUCAAAUCUUGGGUGAGAACCUCCUUCCCUCAGCCAGGGCAUUGAAAAUGGGUUGUAGAUGGGUAUUCCAGCAUGACAAUGACCCAAAACACACGGCCAAGGCAACAAAGGAGUGGCUCAAGAAGAAGCACAUUAAGGUCCUGGAGUGGCCUAGCCAGUCUCCAGACCUUAAUCCCAUAGAAAAUCUGUGGAGGUAGCUGAAGGUUCGAGUUGCCAAACGUCAGCCUUAACCUUAAUGACUUGGAGAAGAUCUGCAAAGAGGAGUGGGACAAAAUCCCUGUAUCGCUGUGCCACUAGAGAUCCUGGUUCGAGUCCAGGCUCUGUCGCAGCCGGCCGCGACCAAGAGACCCAUGGGCGGCGCACAAUUGGUCCAGCGUCGUCCAAAGUAGGGUAGGGUUUGGCCGGCAGGGAUGUGGGUUCGUUUCCCAAGGGGGGCCAGUAUGAAAAAAAUAAAAAUAUGUAUGCAUUCACUAACUGUAAGUCGCUCUGGAUAAGAGCGUCUACUAAAUGACUAAAAUGUCAAUGUUUUGCAGAGGGGUCAAAUACUUAUUUCCCUCAUUAAAAUGCAAAUCAAUUCAUAACAUUUUUGACAUGUGUUUUUCUGGAUUUUGUUGUUGUAAUUCUGUCUUUCACUGUUCAAAUAAACCUACCAUUAAAAUUAUAGACUGAUCAUGUCUUUGUCAGGGGAUCAAAUACUUUUUUCCCUCACUGUACAAAAAAUAAUAAUUUCAUCCAAACUGCUCGCGCACGUCAAUGAGCGUCUGCAUAGCCAGGCGCUAAAAUAGAACUUGGUUCUAUUUUUGAAGCUUGACGCGCUGCAAGUCCCGCCUCUCCCAUCUCCUCAUUCGUUUUUAGGAUCAUAUACCCACCUGGGUGAUUGAAAGAUGAACUGAGGUCCACACUCCAGUCCAGUUGGUGGUGGUAAUGCACCUUAAAGUUGGUUGCCAACCGCCAUAUAAAGUCCAAAGAAGAAGACUGAAGGAGGAGAGAUUACCAGAAACUAACUAGGUUUACCCUUUUAUCUGUGGAUUAAUUGUCAGAGUAGAGGACCUUGUUCAUUUCAGGUAAAAUUACAACCCAAUGUUUAUAUCCCAGGACAAAUUAGCUAGCAACAGCAAGCUAGCUAACUAAAUUGCAAUGAAUGUUUCGUGCGUUUCGACCUGUCCCCAAAUUAAUAUAAUUAGUUCAGAGUUCGUUUUGAUAUUGCAACCUGCGCAUCCUGAUCGCGUCUGGUGUGGAUGGUCAAAAUCAACAUGCGUGCGAUGGCGCACGCGGACCCGUGCCCGGUCUAGUCAGCAUGUGAAUGUGAUAGUUUUCGUCUUACUUGAUGUUCGGGCAUAUGCUUUGUAACACAUAGGCCAUAGAAAUGUGCACACUUUGUCAUUGACUCCCUAUCUGACGCUAUUGUCCCUUAUGAUUUAUUCUUGAAAUAAACCCUGAGGUUCAUUGGAUAGAUGGAUUCAUUGAAAUCCCCCUAGGACACUUGGCUCUUCAAAGGCAGCAUAUGUUUAGUAUUUAUUCACAUGUUCACUUCAGUAUCCUUUUCUGUUAAUAGCCCUGCUGGAUUACUUCUUGGAUGUCUGGAGAGUUUCCUGUUGUCCAUAGAGAGUAUUUUUAGUAAUGGCAGGUGAAUGUAUGCUUGUUCACAUAAGUCAGCCUGCACAGAUUCUGAUCUAUAAAUGACCUCCGAUUCCAAACAACUACUACACUGCCAUGAGUUAUUUUGGAAAUAUUAGGGAAUCUAUGCAGCGCCUAUCUCAGGCUGAACAAGCAGCAGCAGUACAUGCAUACUGUAUUAAUUCUUGCCCUGUUAUGCGUCAGCAUGCUUCAGUUUGCCUGGCACCUAGCUGUACUCGGCUAGGCUAACCAAACGAGUGUGCUCGCAUACGCCAUUAAAAGACCUUCGCUUGAAAAACGAGAAAAAAUCGACAAUAGUACGGUUUGUAAAUUUGAGAUGCCGUAGAAGAUCUUAGUUGCGCAAUUUUACAUCUAAGAUGUUUGGUGCACUAUUUCUCAAUGAAAGAAUGUGCAUGAAAACAAGUCUCCUUGAAUGACAACAAAUACUUUAUUGAAGAAUCCCUGCUGUCGACCAAUCACAGAUGAAGGGGCAUAGACUUCGGCUACCGACUUCGGCUUGCGGCGAGAGAAAAAAUGUGUGCCCGAACAGCGGAAGUUCAAAACCCUUACCGAAGUCCAAAACGAACAAAACCGUCACAAAAUGUCGUCAUAAUAUAUGCAAGAACUCUUCGCAGCUGUUUCGGCUGGGAAGCAUGCGGGCGCCUUUAAGGGGAAUGACAUCACAGUUUUGGCUUCCCCCUGCACUUGAAUGGGGCCUGGGGGAAUCCUGAAGAGCCCUGAUGGGCUAAUUUGAUCCCUGCCUGUUUCGCCUGCCCUGGUAAUUCAAGCAGUGCUGCUGUUUUAAGCGUUUCCUUUUUGCUCAGAGCUGCCCCCCCCCCCCCACCACCACCACCACAGGAGAGUACGUUUUCAGUCAGCAGGGCGAGAGCGUAGAAUUGAGGUGAUUGCAGUGCAUGAUCACUUGAGGGUUAAGCUGUCACGGUGUGUUUACGGGUGUGAAGUGUGUGAGAAUUGGCAUCUUGGGGUUCAGGAUGAAGACAUCUACAAGUGGAUGUUGAAGAAGAGCAGUGCCUGCUUGGACUGGAUGAAAAUGAGAGUUGGUGAGAGAUUCAGCGGUCUCACUGUCACCUGUACUCUCUGUCUGGUAAACAGGGCUGUCUUUGGAAAAUGCUGAGUCUGCACUGUGGUUUUACACCAACCAUGUCAACCGGAACUAUUUUGGUGUGUUUAGCCUCUUUGCUGUGCAGCACUAUUGAGGAAAUAAAGCCUUGUUGUUUCAACAUUUCAAUUCUAUAAUAGUCUCUGUUAUUUUUAAGUAGGCGAUCACAUUUUGGCCUAUUUAAGGAAAGUAGGUGUUUUGGAGGAUCACUUUGAACUGAAACUAAAAUAAUCUUCUGUCUGUUGUCCGUGCUGGUUGAAGGCCAGGGCUCAGGCCUCCAUGACCAUUUUCCUCAUAGUAAGCAGCCAUUGUGACCUGGAAGUAGAUUUUAAUGACAUAGAAGUCAGUAUGUGAGCGGAGUAGAGCUGGAGCAGAGCGAGGAGCGGAGCGUGCCCAGUAGCGCUCACUUCACCAGCUCAUGGCAUGCCCGCCCCAGAAUGCAUUUGUAGUCUACUUGUGUGCUGCUAUAGCCCCUUGCUUUAGCUACUGGCAUGGAGUUUGCUACAUAUUUUCAUAAAGAAACUGAUAAAGCACACAAGUGCUAAAUCAAGGUGACUUACAAAGAUGAGGACCAAGAGCAAGAGAGGGAGUGCGGUGAUGUAGUGUUCACAACUAAAUAAUAAUUGUGGAAUCUGAAAAGACACGUAUCCCAAAAGCAUGAUGGUGUACUUACUAUGUGCACAUGCUAAAAGAAAGGAAAGAGGUGGGUAGAAAACCAAGUGUGUCAUUGUAGCAAAGUAUUUAUAAACAAAAAAUCUGAUCUCUUAAACGUUAAGUUAAUUUCCGUUCUAUUAUCUAUACAAUAGGCCAUAAUUGACUUUGGCCCAAUAGGCCUGGCAUAUUCCCACGUUCAAGGAGCUUUCCAUUUUGAUUGGGUUAUUUUGCCUAAAAACCAUUUAGGCCUACCUAUAAAAAAUUAAUUAAAAAAUGCAUCUCUGCCCAGCCUGACAAGGGUUAAGUGAGCAGUAUGUCAAGAAGCAGUGCGGCUUGGCGGGGUCGUGUUUCGGAGGACGCGUGGCUUUCGACCUUCGCCUCUCCUGAGUCUGUAUGGGAGUUGCAGCAAUGGGCAAGACUGUAACUACCAAUUGGAUAUCACGAAAAGGGGGUAAAAAGUACACAUAAAAGAAUAGUUCAAAGGCACUAAAGUAAUUUUUAGUUUAAUUUGUAUUUAAUUCUAAGUAAGUCGCAGCCUAUGUGUAAUUUAUAGACUAAUGAUUUAAUACAACAAAAUAUUUAAAUGCUAAGGGCCCUAUGUCCCUACCAGCCUAGUGUGUCGCACUCACAAAUGCUUCACAAUGUAUUUCUUUGUAGCCUUCCUGUCUGGCUCCUGACCUAUUUAGUGUUUAUAUGCUGUUUUAAUAUGACAUGUAGCCUAUUUGAAAUUAUGUUCGCUUCUUAUAUUCACAGUUUCAUGUUUAUUAGAGUACUUUUCAUUCAAAUCCAUAUGGUUUGGUUUCAAUACUUAAAAACCAAUUGGUAGGUCCAGGUAGUCACAAAAAUAAAUGGGUGUUGGUUAAAUGUGGAUUUUAAAGAACUGAGCACAUUUGGAGCGGCAGUUUUUUUUUUUUUUUCAUCCUGUGGGCGCGUUUUAGCGGAGCGCCCUCAUCUGGAUUUCCAACUGCUCAGCUCUGCUCACACGCUCUGAUAGAAGUGCACAACAAAUAUGUGAGGAAUGUUGUUUCCGCUGUCUGGUCCCCUCACUCCCUUCCCUGCUCUCCUUUCCUCACACCGCUCCUCUGACAUUCAUGGACAAUUAGCUUUCUCUGUGGUGAAGACAUGAGCUUGUCGCUCUAGGAACAGACCAAUAGCCUGUCAUAAACUGAAGCCUGUAUGUGACUAGUGUAUUUCUGGGAUGUUGAGACUUAUCCUUUCAGCAAAGUACUGGAGCUGCUAUCUAUGUAACACAGACUGUAAAAGUUUUGAUUGUAAAGAUUAGUUUGAAAUUGGUAACCCUGUCAUGUGCCUUCUCGUGCCAACAUUCCCAUCUUUGAUUCAACCUUAUAGAAAGUCAAGGUUUUUGUAAUGACUUGACUGGAAAACAGGGAUUUUUCUGCCAUUGUAAUCCUUGGGUGGGCCACAUAAGCGUCCAAACAGCGUAAUAUAUAUAUAUAUAUUUUUAAAAAUCAAUUUCGGGAUGGAAAAACUCUUUCAGUGUUAAUUUACACGACUAAAACCAGAUAUAAAGUAUGUAGAAAAUACAAUUUUUUAUAAUAAAAUCUGUGAGAACUACAAUCACCAAAAUAAAAUCUAGACUGUGAGAAUUGAACAUUCCAAAAACAAUGAAUUUAGCCGUCUUGAUUUUAUUAUGUUUGCGCAUAAGAACACAGCAUUAGCCAUGGCAAAAUGCAUGCAAUUGCAGGAAAUUAGCUUUAAAACUGUAACAUUGUCUCUCUGUUCCAUGGCAGAAUAUGUAGAAAAGUAUGAAAUUAGCUAUAAAACUGCAAAAAAAUUAUCUCCACUGGCUUAAAAUUUCUAAAAUAUCUCUAAACAACCAAGGUGGUGGUGUAAAGAAAUUCAGCAGCGCCGACCGCACCCAUUGCCAUGGCACGCCCACCACCUACGCUCCUUUUUGAUCCAGAAAAAAACCCUAAAAUAGUUUGGGUUUUUAAUCGGUACAUUUACUGUUGUGUUAACUGUUCAGUGCACGUAUAACAUGAGUGAGACGAUUGUAGUAAUCCAGUGUAUCCUGACUUGCUCCAUCCGUCAAGAAAUCAUGCAUGCAGAUCUUUACUCUGCAUACAGCAGCAAAGCUUUGUUUACCUUUCAGUUUCAUUUCCAGCCUCAACCCUGCUAACAGCCUCAUAGGACUGUAGAUUGUUUUGGUAUAGUAUUUUUCUUUCAUGUCUGAUGUACCAUGUCAGGUCAAGGACAACAGACCUCACUGUUCAACCCUUUUAAUUCCUCACCUGUGUCAUUUUGUCAGUUAAUCCAAAUGAGAAUAAAUAAUUAUUUUGCUUUCUGUUAUUUUUCUGUAUCUAAUAAGACAUUGAAUCUUUUAUGUUUCACUCUGAUUGCUUCUCUGAGGAAUGUCGUACGUAUAUUUCCAGAUGGAUCUGAGAUUGACCAAGUUUUUCCAUCCCUUCUGCAGUGAGCACCUGUCGUGUGCGUUCACCUUCUUCCUGCACGGGGACAGUAAUGUGUGCACCAGCGUGGAGAUUGCCCAGCACCAGCCUGUCCAGCGGCUGAGUGAAGAGCACCUGAGCCUGGCACAGCAGAAUGCCAGCCCCCUGCAAGGUGGGUCUAACCAGCCAUGGCCUAGUCCUAUUGAGUCUACCUGGCAUUGGUUAAAUACUGUAAUGUCCAUAGAUAUGAAUGUUAUUUUUUUGUCAAAGGCAAUGCCUCUGCAGUAAUAUUUAUAAUUCAAGCAUAGUCCUGCCUGCUCUCUGCUGUCAUAAUUCAUUUAUCUCUAGUCACGACUCUAUCCCCUCUCUCCCUUCCACAGUCAUCUUGAGUCCAUACGGUCUGAACGGGACGGUCACGGGCCAGUCCUUCAAGAUGUCUGACCACCCCACACAGAAACUCAUUGAGGAGUGGAGGCAGUUCUAUCCCAUCAGCCCCAGCGCCAAGGACCGCCCCGAGGACAAGAUGGAGGAUACAGACUGGGAGGAUGACUCACUAGCAGCCGUGGAGGUCCUUGUUGGUAAGAUGGGGGUAGUGGGGUUGUUGCUACAGUUGAGUGUGUAUUCUGUGUGGAUGUGUUAUUUUAGUGGUUAGUAUGUGGUAUUGCAAUUGUGUGUGUUUCUGAAGGAGACUGUCUUCUGACUAAAUGUGUUGUGCUGAUCUGUUCCAGCGGGAGUGAGGAUGGUGUACCCUGCCUGUCUAGUACUGGUGCCCCAGUCAGACCUCCCUGCCCUGGCCCCCCAGGGCUCAGCCAACCCCUCAGCCAUCCUGUGUGGGGGCCAGGGGGCCCACAGAGACCCUCCUAUGUCCUCUGUCACCCUUACCCCUCCCACAUCACCAGAGGAGGCCCAAACAGGUAGCCUUACCAUUUACUAAUGAGUCUAUUAGGACCACAAACACUGCAAGUGUAAUAGGGUAUGAGUAGCUGUCUGGCUUCACUGUCCAUCUUUGAAUUAUUAAACAUUGAUGCGUUCGGGUUCAAUUAUUUUAUAAAGUCCAUUUUACAUCAACAGUUGUCACAAAGUGCUUAUACAGAUACUCAGCCUAAAACCCCAAAGAGCAAGCAAUGCAGAUGUAGAAGCACAGUUCUAGGAAAAACUCCCUAGAUAGGCACAUAUACAUGAAACUCAUAACUUAUUAUACACUAAGGCUGAGUAUUAUAUUCAUUUAUACAACGGGUGGGUCUAAUCCUGGAUGCUGAUUGGUUAAAUACCGCCUUCCAGCCGGUGUCUAUUACCACUGGCUAAAUCUAUGACGUUGAAAUGCCUAUUUACUCUGUUCCAUCUGACUGCACAAUCCACUGUCUCAUCAGCCCAGCCAGGCAAUUUAUAUACUAGAUCUACACUAAAAAGCGUCUAGACAUUAUCUGCUCUUUCUUUUAGACUAACAGUGGAGAUUUGUAUUAACCUUGCUGUCUGUCUCUCUGACAUUUGCAACAUUGUUUAAAAAAUUGAAAUUUGAUUUCCAUCUGUCCCAUAGUAAUGAACGUGUCUGAAGUUGGGAUGAGCCAGUCGAAAAUCAUGAAUCAGCAUAAUUUGUAUGGAUAUAUACAAAGAAAUGUCAAUAGAAAAAAACACAAUGCAGCUAGUUUGCUGUCAUUCCAGCAUCAGUUUGAAGUGAUUGUUUUAGCUGUGCAGUUGGCUAUCUCUUCUGAACAGUGGCCUGGCGAGAGAGCAAAUGUUCUAUGCCAGGCGAAAUCGCGCAUCAUUAGCUCAUUGUUAUGGAUGUAUCCCAAAAGAAUUCACUAGAAACACAGCUUUAACAAUAUUCAGCUACUUUGCUGUUAUUCUGGCUGCACUGUUUGACGUGACUGUGUUAGCUAGUUGGCUGGCUAGCAAGCAAGAGAUAAGAACGUUGCCAGCCACCAUAGAUUUAGAACAAAAAGACUUAACGACUGGGUCAUGUCUCUGGCAACCGAACCGAUAGAAUGAACGACCAGCCGGCUUGGGUAGCAACCCUAGAUUUGUGUCGGGACUAUAUCUUGUGGAAGGAUGAAAUAGUAUGAAUAAAUUAAUCAGAAUAAUUGUUUUUAAUGAGAAUAUGUCAAUCAUUAUUUGAGUAUGUUGGUAACUCGUUGUAUAAAAGCGAUAAUGCCCUCGAAGCCAGUGUUUCGUCUCGGGGCCAAUACUGUAUAUCCUCCAAACACCGGCUUCUCUGGCAUUAUCACUUGUGUUUCUCUAUCUUUUUCGCUGUAGAUUCUCAGGCAGCCCAGAGGUGGUUGAAGCUCUGCUCGAAAGUGGAUGGUUUCAACUCCAACAGUAGCGGUAUCCACGGCAGCAAGAUCCCCCGCAGGCUGGCUGCCCAGGUGGUGGAGAGCGUGUGGCAGGAGUGCACUACCAACCGGGCCCAGAGCAAGUAUGUACUCUACCCGUCACCUCACCCUACUGAGUCAUAUCAUACUACUGGUCUAUUGAAGGAGAGUGUCUGCUGAGCUCUGUUUCUGCUUCUUUGUCAGGAGGAAGUUUGCUACAUUGACCAACGGCACCUGUGAGGAGGAGGGGGACAAAACAGGAGUGUGGGAUUUUGUGGAGUCAUCACGUAGGGCACACUGCAACUGUUCAAGGUACUGUGGAUCACGUUUGAUUAUAACAGUGGGGGUUGUUUUAGGCCAGGGGUGUCAAACUCAAUCACCGCCCGGGCCAUAUUGAAAAAACACAUAGCAUUUUAACAUAAAUAAAAGGAGAUAAAUAAUAUUUGUCCAGCCUUUGCUUGCAGAUGUGCAUUGGCUAAUAUGCUUAGACCCUAAUUACAAAUAUUUUAAGUGUUUUGUUGCAGGUUUUGUUUUUUGGUUAUUCAUUGUCAAGCUUUAAAAACCGAAGCCAGACUUCAACAUUUUAGUAGCGUAGGAGGCACUGCCUGUGCACUUACCUUCCGCUGCGCGCGAUAAAUGGGACCGCACAAUUGAUGUACAUCAGGCUGUAAUUUCAUAAAGUAGAUGACUCAACUGUUAACUCAUUUAUACUUGCGUGUGUCCUUUAGUAGUAACUUAUACUUGCGUGUGAAUCCUUUAUCUAAGAACAUUUUGACAACCAUGAUGCCAUUUUCUGUAGGCUACAGCAAUGACCCAUUGGAACUGAAACUUGGCAUCAACAUUUAGCCUACAACUUAAACUUUCGGUCUGGUAGAAGAUUCGGUCAGUGCCGUUAAGGAAAACAGUUGUUUAGUGAGGUGAUCCAGCACACUGGCUGGCUCCGGGUUGGGUGUGUGUGGGUGUGGGAGGAGGGUUGUGUGUGUGUGGCAAUGCAAUGCACUGCCUUUGGAGCGCAUCAAGUUGGCAGUGCUUGCUGGGACUUGUAGUGCAGCGCGUCGUGGGCUGUAUGGAAGCGGGCCAAAAUGAAUUCACAACCCAAAUCAUUGUGCAAGCCAGAUAGAAAUGUGUCAUGGGCCAGAUCCGGCCUGCGGGCCUUGUUUGACACGUGUUUUAGGCUGAUGUGAAUUUUUCCCCAGAGUCCUUUAGGGGAUCUGAUUUUUAUCACAGACACCUUGGAAAUCAACAUUCAGCUAUUCCAAUAUUUUGUCUAUUUACCCCAGGCAUAAAAACCAGAAGCAACGAUCAGGCAGCACCUCAGGAAACCCUCCAUCGGUGGGCCAGCCCCCACAGCCGCCCCCCAAACACAAGCUGGGCGAGAAGUUGGAGAAGGGGGAGAAGCAGCAGAAGAGGCCCCAGACACCCUUCCACCACCGCAGCUAUGUUUUUGAGGAGCCGGCCAUGGAGCCCCAGAGGCUGUGUAUGCGAACCCAGGAUGAGGUCCCCUACCCCAGCCUGCACCACAUAGACACAGCCCCUUCCAAAGCCCCCAUGUUGCACACCCACGGGACCCCCCAAGACCUGGCCGGCUCCCCACAGCCCCCUCCUCUCAGCCCCCACCCCUGCGAACGCGGGGAGGAAGACCCUGGGGCCAUGAAGAGCUCCUCCACGCCCGUCCACCAACACUUCUACCCCCCCUCCUCCGAGCCCUGCCUGCUGCCCCAGAAGACCUCGUCUGACGAGCCCCUGCCCCUGCCUUUCCCCGCUGCCUACCCUGAGUCCCUGGAACCCACUGUCUACGUGGGUUCAGCCAUCAACCCCAACGAAGACUCUGCCCACAACCCCUGGAAGUACUUCAACUUGCCACGUAAGAAGGCCUCAGACUUCUUGACACCACUACUGCCUGUGGACAAACUACAGGAUGACUCCGGGGGAGGAGGAGGGCAGGAGAACAUUGUCUCUGUCACAGAGUGAGUACACUACCCCUCCUCUCUUUCAAGAUGUAAUGAUGAACCUUACUACAAGCACCAAGGUGAUGAGUGGCUAUGAUAGAUAUUUGGUUUCUCCCUCUCUGUACAUCCACUUUGAGCAUUAUAUAUGCAGUUUCCCCUCCUUUCACAUGAUUACUGAUCAUCUAUGUAACAUUGUCUCCUCCCAGGUUGAUGUCUGGCUCUGGCAGGCCUCUGAAGGUGUCUGACGACCUGGUGAGGACCUACACCCAGAGGAGGAACAGCCACCUAGCGGCUGCCAUGGCUGACGAGGACCAGGAGGAGGAGCCAGACCCCUACGCCUUUGUGGAGGGAGACGAGGAGUUCACCUUCACUGACAAGAAGGACAAACUAAGCUCUGAGAGAGAGACCAGCAAGAGACACAAGGUGAGUAUCAAACAUGAGUUUCUAAGAAUUCAUUCCAUAGUUAUCCCUACACCCUUUUCCUAAUCCUACCUACCUAAUGUGGUAGAAUUUGUUAGUUCAGUUGACAUUUAAAUGCCACUCUUUUGCUUAUGGGAUGAUGUAGCACAGUGGUUCCCAACAUUCUUUGCUUACUGUACCACCAACUGAAUUUUGCUCUGCCUGGAGUACCCCUGAAGUACCCCCUCAUGUGCAUUUUACCAGUCAGCUUAUGGUCUUCUCAAGUACCCACUGUGGAUAGACCAUGUACCCCCAGGGGUCCUAGUACCCCUGGUUGGCAGCCACUGAUGUAGCAGAUGCCAAGAGAAUAACACAUUUGUUAUGCUGGUGUUUGUUUAGGGUGACGAUGGCAGUGGGACCUCAGCAGAUGGUGAGCAUUUCCUUCUUUGUUGAAGACUUUGUUUUAAUAACUCCUCUAAAACUACCAGAGUGGAAUGUCAAAAUGGUCAUCCAGAGUGGUUACUGAGGGCACUUCCUUUGUGUCUGUCUCUCUGUGUGUGCAGAUGGUCAGGGUUCAGCUGGUGGAAAGCCUGUACCCUCCACCAGCCUCAUCCAUGAGACAGACCUGGCUGUGUCCAUCAACGACCUGGACAACCUCUUCAACUCAGACGAAGAUGAGCUAGCGGUCAGUAGAGUAUACAGUGCCUCCAGAAAGUAUUCAUACCCCUUGACUUAAUCCACAUUUUGUUGUGUUACAGCCUGAAUUCAAAAUUGAUUAAAUAAAAAUUCUCACCCAUCUACACACAAUACCCCAUACUGACAAAGUGAAAACAUGUGUUUUAGAGAUUUUAGCAAAUGUAUUGAAAAUGAAAUGCACUCCUUUGCUAUGACACUCCAAACCACUUUCCUUUGAUCAUCCUUGAUGUUACUACAACUUGACUGGAGUCCACCUGUGGCCCAUUCAAUUGAUUUAGAAAGAAACACACCUGUAUAUAAAAGGUCCCACAGUUGACAGUACAUGAAAGAACAGGGAGGUGACCAAGAACCCAAUGACCACUCUGACAGAGCUACAGAGUUCCUUGGCUGAGAUGGGAGAACCUGCCAGAAGGACAACAGUCUACAGCAUUUCACCAAUCUGGGCUUUAUGUGAGAGUGGCCAGACGGAAGUCACUCCUGAGAAGAAGGCACAUGACAGCUCACCUGGAGUUUGCAAAAAGGCACAUGAAAGACUCAGAGCAUAAGGCAAAAGAUUGUGGUCUGAUGAGAAAAAAAUGUAAGUCUUUGGCCUGAAUGCAAAGUGCCGUGUCUGAAGAAAACCAAGCCCAGCUCAUCACCCUUCUAACACCAUCUCUACCGUGAAGCAUGGUGGUGGCAGCAGCAUCAUGCUAUGGGUAUGCUUUUCAGCGGCAUGGACUGGGAGACUGUUAAGGAUAGAGGGAACAAUGAAUGGAGCCAAAUACAGGCAACUCCUUGAUAAGAACCUGCGUCAGAGUGCAAAUGACCUUAGACAGGGGGCAAAGAUUUACGUUCCAACAGGACAAUGACCUCAAGCAUACAGCCAAAGCAAUGCUAGAAUGGCUUCAGAACAAGUCCUUGAGUGGCCCAGCCAAAGCCCAGACUUGAAUCCCAUUGAAAAUCUGUGGAAAGAUUGCUGUUCACUGCUGCUCCCCAUCUAACUUAACAGUGCUUGAAAAUCUUGAGAAUGGGAGACGAUCCCCAAAUCCAGAAGUGCAAAACUGAUAGACAUACCCAAGGUGACUCAAAGUGUUUGUUCACUUUGUCAUGAGGUAUUGUGUGUCGAUGGGUGGGCAAUUUGUAAAAUAUUUGAUCCAUUUUGAAUUCAGGCUGUAACAACAAAAUGUGGAAUAAGUUAAGAGGUAUGAAUACUUUCUGCAGGCACUGUAGUUGUCAUCUACAUUGGGGGGCAACAUUGUUUGGGUUACAUAUCCUUUUGUCCGUUUCAAUAUCUCUAGUUGAUACAUUGCUCACAGAACAUUAUGUAAAGUCUUAAAGCUCUCUGUUCAAAGCCUUUUUAAAACGUUCUGUCCCCCACAGCCUGGAUCCAGGAGAGCAGGAGUACAUGGAGACAAGUUUGGCAGUAAGGAACACAAAACAUCAAAUCUGGACCCUCUGUCCUGCAUAAGUAUGUUCCCUUUCUCCAAUUCCUUCCCUAAAGUUCCUCUUUAGGUCAUCACUGUAUCCUACAUUAAUUUAACAAACAAUAGGGUGAUUCCUCUGUUCACCUUCCUGUCCCCAGGCUCUGCUGACCUGCACAAGAUGUUCCCCACCCCUCCCUCUCUGGAGCAGCACAUCAUGGGCUACUCCCCCAUGAACACUGGGGGGAAGGACUACGGUGGCCUGGAGGCCGGGGUGGGCCUCACUCUGCUGGAAGGGAGCCAGUUUAGCAGCCACUACAAGAUGGAGGUGGAGGAAGGCUUCUGCAGCCCCAAGCCCUCUGAGAUCAAGGUAACUUAAAGGCCCAAUGCAGCUGUUUUUAUCUUGAUAUAAAUAACUUCUGGGUAAUAAUUAAGUACUUACUCUUAUUGUUUUCAAUUUAAAAUGGUCAAAAACAAACAAAGCUUCUUAGUAAAUUGCCAGAGCAAUUUCUCAAGCAAUAAUUUUGCUAGGACUGUCUGGGAGUGGUCGGAGUUUGGGGCCUCAUUGGAUGAGCCUAAAGGGAGGGAUAUGUAACCUGAAAAAUAGCUGUUAUUGGCAGAGGUUUGAAACUCUUUGUUAUUGGUCUAUUAACUUAUACUGCCGGUGAUGUCGCCAGGCAUGCCAAAACUCCAUCACACCAAAACAGGAAGAAAUUUCAGGUGAUCUUUUCAAACAGCUCUUACGCUAAAAGGGUAUUAUCAUUUUCACAAUUUCACACUAUUAUUCCAACCUCAUAGUGUGGAAAUAUUUAUAAAACAGGAAAAUAAAAUGUUUGAUUGCACUGGGCCUUCAGAUUCAGUUUAGUGUGGAGGGUCUUGAUUUUACAUUUUAGUCAUUUAGCAGUUUCUCUUAUCCAAAUGACUUGCAGUUAGUGCAUUAAUCUAAGGAUAGCUAGGUGAGACAACCACAUCACAGUCGUAGUAAGUACAGGUUAUCAGCAAAGUCAGUGCUCGUAAUGCACUUUUUUUUUGGGGGGGGGGGGGGGGGGGGGAAUAAGACUGACGUUUUAUUUAACAUACUCUUUGUCUAGUCAUGCUGUUGUCAGCUUCAAUACUUGUUCUUAGCUUAGACUUGCUGAAGUGUUAUAGUGGCUUAUUUUCCUUCUCCCCCAUCUACCUCCAGGACUUCUCGUUUGUGUACAAGUCGGAGGCGUGCAAGGCAUUCACAGGCUGCUCCAUGUUUGCUCCACUGAAGAUGCUGCCCAGUCAGUGUAUGAUGCCCAUCAAGCUGCCAGACUGUGUUUACACACCCAGCUGGACCAUGGGCAAACUGGAGCUCAUACCCCCUGUGCCAACCAUGGGCCUCCUCAACCAAAGACGGGUAACCAAUCAGACUGGUCCCCUAGAAUUAUACAAGUCUCAUAUACCCAAUUGUGUGUCAGGGGUUUUAAUGUGUGUGCUGUUAUCUCCCUAUUUCAGUAACAUCCCCAGUGUUGAGCCAGACUACCAGAGCUACACACCUCAGACCCACACGCCCUUCAUGUCCAACAGCGCCCCACCCAGCAACAGCGGCACGGGCAUCCUGCCCUCCCCGGCCACACCCCGCUUCUCUGCCCCCACCCCACGCACUCCCCGUACCCCACGCACCCCAAGAGGGCCCGCCAGCGUCCAGGGAUCGCUCAAAUACGACGAGUCUGACCUCUACUCGCCUGCCUCCACCCCUUCCACCUGCCGACCUCUCAGCUCAGUGGAGCCAGCCACUGUGCCCUCCAUCCCCGAGGCCCACAGUCUCUACGUCACCCUCAUCCUCUCUGAGUCCGUCAUGAACCUCUUCAAGGACUGUAACUUUGACAGCUGCUGCGUAUGCGUGUGCAACAUGAACAUCCGUGGCGCAGACGUGGGCGUGUAUCUUAACGACAACGGCGAGGCCCAGUACCCCUGCACCUGCGGUUUCAGCGCCGUGGUCAACCGUCGAUACGGCAGCUCGGCUGGGCUCUUCCUGGAGGACGAGCUGGACGUGGUGGGGCGUGGCUCGGACGCUGGCCGCGACUCUGAGAGGCGUUUCCAGGAGCUGCACUCCGCCUCCCUUCACAGGACCGGCAACCCCAAAGAGAGGCCCCCAGACGAGCUCAUCCUGCUGCUGCAGGACCAGUGCACCAACCCAUUCUCCCCCAUGGCUGGGGUGGAGUACCCCAGGGCUCUGUCCUCAGGCCCCUUUCGCUCUUCUCUACGGGUGGAGGAGAGGGACUGCUAUAAUGACUGCUAUAUGGCUCUGGAGCAUGGCCGGCAGUUCAUGGACAACAUGUCAGGAGGCAAGGUGGAUGAGGCACUGGUUAAGAGCACGUGUCUACACAACUGGCCUAAACGCAAAGGUGAGUCCGCUCCUUCACUCAUUGACAAUGCACAAUCUUCUUUCCCCUCCUACUCUUUCCUCCUUUUCCCGUCUCUUCCUACUCCUCUUAUGUGAAACCCAGUCUCCUUGGUUGGAUGUGUGUUUGUCUGAUGCUGAUCCCUCGCUCCCUCUGUUUCCCCCUCCAGCUGCAGAAGUGAGCAGGCUGUUCUCUCAGGACGUGUUGCGGGUGCUGCUCUCCCUCCAGCCUGUACUCCAGGAUGCCAUCCAGAAGAAGAGGAGCGUGCGUUCCUGGGGCGUUCAGGGACCCCUCACCUGGCAGCAGUUUCACAAGAUGGCCGGCAGGGGAUCCUACGGUAAACACGAGGACUUUACAAAUCAAGCAAUAAUAAUAAUAAUAAUAAUAAUACAUGAAUGUAUCUAGGUUUUUUUUCUGGAUUAAAAAGUGGCUUAGGUGGUGGCCUUUCGGCGCAGCUGAAUUGAAGAGAAUUCUUGCAAUUCUAUAAAUGUCUCCAUGGAGCUGAGAAUUUAUUUGCCGUUUUAAAUCUAAUUUCCUGCAAUUCCAUGCAUUUUGCCUUGGCUAAUGCUGUGCUUUUGCUCAAACAUAAUGACAAAAUCCAUACUACUAAAUUAAUUAUUUUUUAAAUGUAAUUCACCCUGAUUGUCUAGCUUUUAUUUUGGUGAUUGUAGUUCUCAAAUAUGAUAUUAUUAAAGAAUAUAUAUAGGUCCAUUUUCUUCAUACUUUAUAUCUGGUUUAAGUUUACACAAAGCAAUUGUUUCAGUUACUGGCCCAACGCUCUUACCCCCUAGGCUACCUGCCGCCCUCAACUAAACUUUGCAAUGAGUCUGACUGUCCCUCCUCUAUGAACCGUUAGGCACUGAUGAGUCUCCAGAGCCCCUGCCCAUCCCUACCUUCCUGGUGGGCUAUGAGUAUGACUUUGUGGUGCUGUCGCCCUUCGGCCUGCCUUACUGGGAGAAGCUGCUGCUGGACCCCUUCGGCUCCCACAGGGACGUGGGAUAUGUAGUCGUCUGUCCUGAGAACGAGGCUCUGCUCCGCGGGGCUAAGAGCUUCUUCAAGGACCUUACGGCCGUGUACGAGGUAAGUGGGGACACACGCACACAGACACCCCCCAUAGUCUAAUAAAAUAUAAAUGUAAAAUAAUAUAAAUAAGAGAAAAUUGGUACAUUUACCCAUGUUUUUCUCUUUGCAGGCCUGUCGACUGGGUCAGCACAGACCAAUCUGUAAGACUCAUCCAGAUGGCAUAUUGCGGGUUGGUACGGCAGAGGGCAGGAACCUGGCAGAGCAGCCCCUCAGUGACUGGUUCCUCAAAAUGGCCAGCAGCAACGGGAAUAGCGAGGCCUUCAGCAAACUCAAACUCUACGCCCAAGUGUGCCGGCAUGACCUGGGUAUGUCUUCAUUAGAAUGCAAUCUUCUAUUUCAGGAGAUUUGUACUGAAUAAGAGAUGGGGUUUAUAAUUUGGCUUGUACAAAAGGCAAGAAGCAAAUAUUCAGAUGUCAUUUAUUGGCUCUUUUUUGAGUUGGGUGUCUCUUAAUAUCAGACAUUGGUCAUCUUUUUCUCAACAUUUUUGUUACUCUCCUUAGCUCCAUACCUGGCUGGGCAGUCUCUGGACAGCUCUCUGUUGAACCAGCACAGCCCCACUGUGGCCUCCCCCCAGUCCUCCUCCUCCCAGUCCCCUGGCUCCACCACCCCCUCAUCAGGUCCCCAGAGCUCCAGCAGCACUGCCCAGCCUGCCAGCACCCCACCCUCCUCCACCACUUCCACCAUAGGCCCCCAGGCAAUGGGAGGGAUAGGGGGCUUAGGAAUGCCCUCGGCCAAGCCCAGCUCCUACACACCAUACGGGACAUCAGGCCUGCAGGGCAGCGUCUCCCAGAAUGGGCCCCAGUCGGGAGCUCAGACCACAGGGGAGAAUGGCCCCACUGCCAACCAACCCCAGGCCACCACCGAGCCCGUGGAGACGUAUGUAACACCACCAUCUGACAUCCUCUGGUUUAGUCACUGAUUUUCUGUAGCACCACUUGUUGCCCUGAGUUUGUAAUUGACUCGCACUUGGAAUAGGCUGAAUUACGACCUUACCCAUCUCUCCCAUUUUUGUGCACUAGACUUGUCUGGAAAAUAACAUUUGGCCUGCUAAAUGUCUUUAAUCUGAUACAUAAAGCUAGUUGAUUAUUGUCUGUUUGACCUUUGACCCGAGUGCUUCUCUCUCUACAGCACGUUGGAGAGAGACAAGGUGGGCGUCCCUACAGACGGAGAGUCCCAUGCAGUGACGUUCCCCCCAGCCAUUGUGGUCUACAUCGUGGAUCCCUUCAGCUACGAGGACGGGGAGAGGGACUCCCACUCCAGUGUGUGGACGCUGGGCCUGCUGCGCUGCUAUGUGGAGAUGCUCCAGUUCCUGCCACCUCACAUCAGAAACUCUGUGUCUGUGCAGGUAAUGGAGGACUUGACACAUGUAGCCAGACUGCAGACCAUUCACAUUUAUGUUCAGCACAUUGUUAUCUCAAACACCUGUGGGGUUGGUGUGGUUAAAAAGGUGGUUUCUAACAAUGUAUUGUGUUGGUCAGAUCAUUCCCUGCCAGUACUUGUUGCAGCCUGUGCGCAUUGAGGAGCGCCAUCUCUACGGUCAGCACCUCAAGUCCCUAGCCUUCUCGGUGUUCACCCAGUGCAGACGGCCCCUCCCCGGCAACACCAACAUCAAGGCUCUGACAGGCUUCGGCCCUGGCCUGGCCAUCGACAUGGCACUGAGGAGCUCGGAGGUAAACAACAACACACCACACAUAGGAAACUGCACUAAAACCUCUCAAAUAUUAUUACUGGAUUGAUUUAGACUGCUUAUCAGUUUUAGAAACUGUUGUCACAAUGUGAAUGGUCUGUUUAACAUAACAUCCUGGUCUUUGACAACUCCUUGCAUAUACCUUGAUGAUCCAAGAGACCACUGCUCUGUUGAAUAAAUCACAACGGCUUACUAAAUGCAGCUUGCUAAGUGACACAUAUGAACCAUUGGUCUGACCCAUGAACUUUGACUUUCACACCUGUGCAGAGGCCAGAGUGUCUGCGUCUGUACACCCCACCGUUCAUCCUGGCGCCCAUCAAGGACAAGCAGACAGAGCUGGGGGAGACGUUCGGCGAGGCCUCUCAGAAGUACAACGUGCUGUUUGUGGGCUACUGCCUGUCGCAUGACCAGCGCUGGCUCCUGGCCUCCUGUACUGACCAAUCAGGAGAGCUGCUGGAGACAUGCAUCAUCAGCAUCGACGUGCCUAACAGGUCAGUGACACGCACAACCUGUCAAAUGGUAGAUACUCAAAAUGCAAACAAAUUCAAUUCAGAAUGUCUCUUUUGUGACGAUGUUUGUUGUGUCCUAUAUACAGGGCUCGGAGGAAAAAGGGUUCAGCCAGACGACUGGGCCUGCAGAAGCUGUGGGAGUGGUGUCUAGGCUUGGUGCAGGUGACAUCACUUCCCUGGAGGGUGGUGAUUGGCCGCCUGGGCAGAAUGGGCCACGGAGAGUUACGAGGUAUGCCACACUAGUCCAAACUCCAGCAGAUGAGAGAUAUAUAUAUAUAUAUAUAUAUAUAUAUACACAUACAUACAUACAUACAUACAUACAUACAUACAGUGCAUUGGGAAAGUAUUCUGACCCCUUGACGUUUUCCACAUUUUGUUAAGUUACCGCCUUAUUCUAAAAUGGAUGAAAUUAUUUUUGUCCUCAUCAAUCUACACACACUACCCCAUAAUGACAAAGCGAAAACAGUUUUUUUAGAAUUGUUUGCAAAUGUAUUUUUUUUAAAAGAACCAGAAAUACCUUAAGUAUUCAGACCCUUUGCAAUGAGACUCGAAAUUGAGCUCAGGUGCAUCCUGUUUCCCAUUGAUCAUCCUUGAUGUUUCUACAACUUGAUUGGAGUCCACCUGUUGUAAAUUCAAUUGAUUGGACAUGAUUUGGAAAGGCACAUACCUGUCUAUAUAAGGUCCCACAGUUGACAGUUCAUGUCAGAGCAAAAACCAAGCCAUGAGGUCGAAGGAAUUGUCCGUAGAGCUCCGAGACAGGAUCGUGUCGAGGCACAGAUCUGGGGAAAGGUACCAAAUCAUUUCUACAACAUUGAAGGUCCCCAAGAACACAGUGGCCUCCAUCAUUCUUAAAUAGAAGAAGUUUGGAACUACCAAGACUCUUAUUAGAGCUGGCCGCCCGGCCAAACUGAGCAAUCGGGGGAGAAGGACCUUGGUCAGGGAGGUGACCAAGAACCCGAUGAUCACUCUGACAGAGCUCCAGAGUUCCUCUGUGGAGAUGGGAGAACGUUCCAGAAGGACAACCAUCUCUGCAGCACUCCACCAAUCAGGCUUUUAUGGUAGUGGCCAGACGGAAGCCACUCCUCAGUAAAAGGCACAUGACAGCCCGCUUGGAGUUUGCUAAAAGGCACCUAAAGACUCUCAGACAAUGAGAAACAAGAUUCUCCGGUCUGAUGAAACCAAGAUUGAACUCUUUGGCCUGAAUGCCAAGCGUCACGUUUGGAGGAAACCUGGAAACCUGGCACCAUCCCUACGGUGAAGCAUGGUGGUGGCAGCAUCAGGCUGUGGGGAUGUUUUUCAGAGACUAGUCAGGAUCGUGGGAAAGAGGAAAGGAGCAAAGUACAGAGAGAUCCUUGAAAACCUGCUCCAUAGCACUCAGGACCUCCGACUGGGGCGACGGUUCACCUUCCAACAGGACAACAACCUUUAGCACACAGCAAAGAGUGGCUUCGGGACAAGUCUCUGAAUGUCCUUGAGUGGCCCAGCCAGAGCCCGGACUUGAACUCGAUCGAACAUUACUGGAGAGACCUGAAAAGUGAAGGAAAAGCAGCCAACAAGUGCUCUGCAUAUGUGGGAACUCCUUCAAGACUGUUGGAAAAGCAUUCCUCAUGAAGCUGGUUGAGAGAGUGCCAAGAGUGUGCAAAGCUGCCAAGGCAAAGGGUGGCUACUUUUGAAGAAUCUAAAAUAUAUAAAAAACGUGGUUACUACAUGAUUCCGUAUGUUAUUUCAUAGUUUUGAUGUCUUCACUAUUCUACAAUGUAGAAAAUUAGUAAAAAUUAUGAAAGACCCUUGAAUGAGUAGGUGUCCAAACUUUUGCUGGUACUGUGUGUGUGAGAUAUAUAUUACACACACACACACGUAUAUGGUCACCCCUUAAAAUGAGUGGAUUCAGCUAUUUCAGCCACACCUGUUGCUGAUAUGUAUAAAAUCGAGCACACUGCCAUGCAAUCUCCGUAGACAAACAUUGGCAGUAGACUGGCCUUACUGAAGAUCUGUGACUUUCAAUGUGGCACCGUCAUAGGAUGCCACCAUUCCAACAAGUCAGUUCGUCAAAUUUCUGCCCUGCUAGAGCUGACCUGGUCAACUGUAAGUGCUGUUAUUGUGAAGUGGAAACGUCUAGGAGCAACAACGGCUCAGCCGCGAAGUGGUAGGCCACACAAGCUCACAGAACGUGACCACCGGGUGCUGAAGUGUGUAGCGCGUAAAAAUCGUCUGUCCUCUGUUGCAUCACUCACUACCAAGUUCCAAACUGCGUCUGGAAGCAACCUUAGCACAAUAACCAUUUGUCGGGAGCUUCAUGAAAUGGGUUUCCAUGGUCGAGCAGCCGCACACAAGCCUAAGAUCACCAUGCAAUGCCAAGUUUCGGCUGGAGUGGUGUAAAGCUCGCCGCAAUUGUACUCUGGAGCAGUGGAAAUGCAUUCUCUGGAGUGAUGAAUCACGCUUCACCAUCUGGCAGUCCGGCUGACAAAUCUGGGUUUGGCGGAUGCCAGGAGAACGCUACCUGCCCCGAUGCAUAGUGCCAACUGUAAAGUUUGGUGAGGGAGGAAUAAUGGUCUUGGUCUGUUUUUCAUGGUUCUUAGUUCCAGUGAAGGGAGAUCUCAACGCCACAGCACAAUGACAUUCUAGACGAUUCUGUGCUUCAACUUUGUGGCAACAGUUUGGGGAAGGCCCUUUCCUGUAUCAGCAUGACAAUGCCCCCGUGCACAAAGCGAGGUCCAUACAGAAAUAGUUUGUCUAAAUUGGUGUGGAAGAACUUGACUUGCAGAGCCCUGACAUCAACUCCAUCGAACAACUUUUGGGAUGAAUUGGAACGCUGAUUGCGAGCCAGGCCUAAUCGCCCAAAAUCAGUGCCCAACCUCACUAAUGCUCUUGUGGCUAAAUGGAAGCAUGUCCCAGCAGCAAUGUUCCAACAUCUAGUGGAAAGCCUUCCCAGAAUAGUGGAGGCUGUUAUAGCAGCAAAGGGGGGACCAACUCCAUAUUAAUGCCCAUGUUUUUGGAAUGAGAUGUUCAAUGAGCAGGUGUCCACAUACUUUUGGUCUUGUGUAUAUACAGUGAGUUGUACAUGAUCUGUUGUGCCCUGACUGAUGACAGCCUCCCUGUCUCCCUCUGUGUUCCAGACUGGAGUAUUCUGCUCAGCAGGAGGAACCUGCAGUCUCUCAGCAAGCGCCUCAAGGAGACCUGCAGGAUGUGUGGCAUCUCUGCCGCAGACACUCCCAGCAUCCUCAGCGCCUGCCUGGUUGCCAUGGAGCCCCAGGGCUCCUUUGUCAUCAUGCCGGGUAAAAACGAACAGAAGUUUUAACCUUGAGCGAUGGCUGCACAGUGCAGCCUUGGUUCCCCUGUUUGAAUUUCCUGAAAUGUUUUGGUGUUAUCUGUAUCGUGUUAACCCCUCUCUCUCUGCUGUGUAGACUCUGUGUCAACAGGCUCAGUGUUUGGCCGCAGCACCACUCUGAACAUGCAGACUUCCCAGCUGAGCACUCCUCAGGACACGUCCUGCACCCACAUCCUGGUGUUCCCCACCUCGGCCAUGGUGCAGGUCAACAACGCCACCACCGAACAGAACAUAGACAUCGCCUUCAACCCCAUCAACCCUGGUCAGUCUCUCUCUCUCUCACACACACACACACACACACACACACACACACACACACACUGUAGCUGUUGAUGCAUUUCUAGGCUCUGGCUGUAGUCUGGCUCCACACGGCGAUGUUACUGAAACAGGGAGACAGAGCAGCUCUGUCUGAGCUAAUGGGAUAUAGUCUUGAAUGAGCCUUUGUGUUUAUCCCUCUCCAUAGAUGGUUCAGAUGGGAUGGGCAUCUUUGACCUGUUUGAUAACGACAUGGUGGACCCUGACCUCAUCAAUAUCCUGCCCAACUCUCCCACCACCUCCCCCGUUCACUCCCCCGGUGGACACUAUCACCAGGGGGGAGACGGCAGCAAGGUAAGCCCCCUCUGCCCCUCCACAACACUACCAGCAGGAGGAUGCUUACCUGACUAUGAAUAAAUGAAGAUUGAAUAAGGAUUGAUGGUGUCUCCCUAUGUCCCUGUGUGUUCCAGGGCCAGAGCACAGACCGUAUGGAGUCCCACGAAGAGGCCCUGAACAUCCUGCAGCAGCCUAUGGCUCUGGGCUACUUCAUCUCCACAGCAAAGGCUGGCCCCCUGCCUGACUGGUUCUGGUCAGCCUGCCCCCAGGCACAGAACCAGUGCCCACUGUUCCUCAAGGUACCUACCUACCUAAUGCUCCUCUGACAGUUAACCUCACACUCACUCUGCUCCCAAAGGCUUUUGUUCUUCUCUGGUCCUAGAACCCAGCAGCACAUUUCUGCUUUACUUAAAUGUGUACUUGAUCAGGAGUCAUGUCAUUUCAAUGUUUCCCUUUUCUAAUGUAACUGGUGUGAUGUUUGGGUGUUCUUCUAGCUGACCUCUUGUUGUCUGUCGUCCCUUCCCAGGCCUCCCUACACCUCCACGUGUCCUCAGUCCAAUCAGAUGAGCUUCUCCACAGCAAACACUCACACCCUUUGGACUCAAACCACACCUCAGAUGUGCUCAGGUAAACUGCUCAAUAUUGAAUGGAAGCCAUAUGAAAUAACAUAAAUGGGCAAUACAUUAAUUUGAUAGGCAGAGCAUAGGUUUAUUAGAAAAGAGGGGUAAGUUGAAUGUAUAGUUAGUUAUAUAUAGUGAUGUGUUCUCUGCCCUGACAGGUUUGUGCUGGAGCAGUACAACGCCCUCUCCUGGCUGACGUGUGACCCUGCCACACAGGACCGGCGCUCCUGUCUGCCUGUUCACUUUGUGGUGCUCAACCAGAUGUACAACUUUAUCAUGAACAUGCUCUGAACAAGGAUAUCAAGUGGGAUCUA